CCUGGUGGCACCGGACAACUUUGGAAAGGGACACUUCGGAGGAAAGAUUUAUUCCCUUUUUCUCUCGGCCGGCACGAGCCCUGUUUUCCUGCAGAGGCAGCGCGAGGGACAGUUGUGAAACUUUGAAAAGAAAUCUCAAACAUCUGAAAUUCAUCUGAAAUCUGUUUCUUUUAUUAAACUAAAGUGAGGGAAUAAAGCUGACACAGAAGAGACAUAAACUGGAUUUUACGCAGCGGGAUCCGUGCGUAAGAGUGAGGAUCUUUGGACAUUUGGCGCACGCUGGACAAAUAUUUGCACUGUGACCGCUGUUUUAUUUUCUUACCUCUUUAUUUGGAAACGAAACCUGUUUUAAUCUUUUUUUUUUAAUUCACUGCGAGACACAAUCGACUUCAUCUGCCAUUUGUUGGAAAACGACACAGCGCUUGGUAAACAUGUUGGAAAGCUGUUAAAUUGAUUGGAUCGUGACCGUAAGGCAACAAGAGAGGAAAUGAACUUUCUCCAUAAUGAACUUUCUCCGUAAUGAGCGCUGGAGCCUGGUGAAUGACUGACAGAGCGUCGCCGGGCGCCGUGCGGGCUUGGCAGCAGCCUCGUCAACUUCUCCAGGACAGGACUGGAUUUGCUGUCAGCACUUUGACUUGUUUUGUUUUUAUCAUUAGAGGCUGCAAGGUGCUUUUGCCGUCGGAUCGGACCGGGUCUGGAAUGAAACUUGUGUGCUGAUUGAUUGGACAGAGCGCUGUGGCCAUGCUGCUGCAGUUAUUCCGCCGCUCUGUGGGGACCUCACGUUUCCGAGAUGCGCUCAUAAAUUAGAGCAAGCCAAGGAAGCGCUUUUCAUUUACAAUCCCUGUCAUUUUUCAUUUGAAUGAUAUAAAAGUACCAAUUACAUAACUAUUAGGCUAUAAUACAAUAUUUAAUAUCUCCAUGGCAACCGCGGAGAGGCGCGCGCCAUGUGGCCCGGUGUCCCCAUGGCUCCUCGUGCCGCUGCUGCUGCUGUUCCGGUGUCCCGGUCCGGCGCUGGGAGCCUCCAAGGACCUAAUGUGCGAGCCAAUCACGGUGCCCAUGUGCAGGGGCAUCGGCUACAACCUCACCUACAUGCCCAACCAGUUCAACCAUGACACCCAGGAGGAGGUGGGCCUGGAGGUGCACCAGUUCUGGCCUCUGGUCCGGAUCCGCUGCUCACCGGACCUGCUCUUCUUCCUGUGCAGCAUGUACACGCCCAUCUGCCUGCUGGACUACCGGAAGCCGCUGCCGCCGUGCCGCUCGGUGUGCGAACGGGCCAAACGAGGCUGCUCUCCUCUAAUGAGCCAGUACGGCUUCGAGUGGCCAGAGAGGAUGAGCUGCGAGCAGCUUCCCCAGCUGGGCGACGAGACCCUGUGUAUGGACCAGAACAGCAGCGAGACCACCACCCUUUCGCCUCCGUUCCCCAAGCCCACCCCUAAAGGCCGGACCAGACCCCCCAGCCCCGCUCAGUGUGACAGGGAGUGCCGCUGUCGGGACCCCCUGGUCCCCAUCAAGAGGGAGUCCCACACCUUGUACGGGCGGGUCCAGACCGGCCCGCUGCCCAACUGCGCCCAGCCCUGCCACCAGCCCUACUUCUCUGCCGACGAGAGGGCGUUCACCAGCUUCUGGGUGGGACUGUGGUCGGUGCUGUGCUUCAUCUCCACUUUGACCACGGUGGCCACCUUCCUCAUCGACAUGGAGCGUUUUAAGUACCCAGAGCGGCCCAUCAUUUUCCUGGCGGCCUGCUACCUUUUCGUCUCUCUGGGUUAUAUCAUCCGACUGGUGGCCGGUCACGAGCGGGUGGCCUGUGGCGCCAGUGGCAACGUCGGCAGCAACCAGCUCCACAUCCUCUACGACACCACGGGCCCUGCACUCUGCACACUGGUCUUCCUCUUGGUCUAUUUCUUCGGCAUGGCUAGCUCCAUCUGGUGGGUGGUGCUGUCAUUCACCUGGUUCCUGGCGGCAGGGAUGAAGUGGGGCAGUGAGGCCAUCGCGGGGUACUCCCAGUACUUCCACCUGGCCGCGUGGCUCAUCCCCAGCGUCAAGUCUAUCGUUGUCCUGGCUCUCAGCUCUGUGGACGGGGAUCCUGUGGCUGGAAUCUGCUACGUGGGGAACCAGAACCUGGAGAACCUGAGGGGAUUUGUACUUGCGCCUCUCGUGGUCUACCUCUUCACCGGCUCCCUUUUCCUCCUCGCCGGCUUUGUUUCUCUCUUCCGCAUCCGGAGUAUCAUCAAACAAGGCGGCACCAAGACAGACAAACUAGAGAGGCUGAUGAUCCGCAUCGGGCUCUUCACUGUGCUGUACACCGUCCCCGCCACCAUCGUGGUGGCCUGCCUGGUGUACGAGCAGCACUACCGGCCCGGCUGGGAGCGAGCCCUGGCCUGCUCCUGCCUGUCUGAACGCCAGCGCCUGGGCGUGGGCCCGGACUACGCCGUCUUCAUGCUCAAGUACUUCAUGUGCUUGGUGGUGGGCAUCACCUCAGGCGUCUGGAUCUGGUCUGGCAAAACCCUGGAGUCCUGGAGGAGGUUCGUGGCUCGCUGCUGCCCCUGUUGGCCGCAGAAGGCCGCCGCACCGCCCUCGAUGUACAGCGAAGCCAGCACCGCCCUCACUGGCCACACUGGAACCGUGCUGGCUUCAGGCAUUUACCACAAACCUGCUCCUCCCUCUCAUAUAUGAAGUGACUCGCACAGAGGAAUAUAGACCUGAUACACAUGCAGUCAGUUACUGCUGGUCCCCUAUGAGAGUCCAGCACUAGAACAUGGCAAGUCGUCUCUUUGGGCACUCAUACAUAAAACCACUGGAUCCAAACUCAAAUGCCUGUGAGUCUGUGUGGGGAGAUGUGGACUCUGAUAAUAUUAAUUCUCUGCUAGGACAAAUAAGAGGAACAAAGUUUAGAUCGUGAAAAGGAAUAUUCAACAAACGACUGGCAUACUUCACGACAGGUUCUGAAAACUGACACCGAGGAUAUAAGGGAAAAUUCAGAGGUUAAACUUGAGAAAACCCGCCAUUUUGAAAAGGGAGUCACAAACUUUUGUAAGAAAUGUCUAUGGCAACUGAGCCUGCAGCUGCUAGCCUUUCACUGUGUAUAAAGUGUCACCGCUCAGAAAAAAAAAAAUCCACCAAAAUUGACAUUUAAUGGGAAAAAAAUCAGCAUUAAACAGCCCCUGAGUUCAAUGGAUCCAUGGAAGGAAGCACAUCUGCACAAAUGUCCUCUUUCGAGCUCUUCUGAGCCUUGAGAGAGGAAUCCAUAUUUAUUCCUGUAUAUGUUGUAAAGGUUGACUGUAAAAUUAGGUGUAUAGUAUGUUAGUUUGUAACUGACCUCAGCCAGUGCUGAUCCCAGGAGAGGCACCAGGGAAAAAGCUCUGAUUUUUCACAGAGAUUUGAAUUGCAUAUAUAUGAAACAAACAUGCUUUUCCAUGUGUUUGGAUGUGCUCUGUGGUUUCUUUUGUACGAAUGCAUUGUUGUGACCGAAAUCUCAACUCAAAUAGCACUGAGAGUUUUUCUUUGUCUCAGCUGUCUCAAGUCAGACCUGUUAAUCUGUAGGCAGCAUGUCAGACUUGGAAGUCAUCACAGGGAACAGCUGGGCGUUUGGGGUCUGCCGGGAUGGAUCACCUCUGGGCUCCGUGGUGGUGUCGUGUCGUGUUUGAAGUCAAUACAAGCCCGUCUCUGGAAAACUUGUCACAACAUCAGACACACUGCCGUCAGAUUCAGUGUGAAGGGUGCAGCUGUCUGUGGCCUUUACUCCCAUCUGCUGGUCCACAGUGGAGCUGCUGACUCCAUUAUGUCUUCACCGCAGUGCCUCUCAAACGUCUGCAGCAGAUCCCAGAGCGAACGUCCACCAGGCUCGCUCCCAUUUGAUCAAUUCAAACCCCAUAGAGAUGCGUCUUUUGUUUUGUUUUGUUUUACAUUUUUAUCACUCAAAUUAAUAGAAAUAUUCUUGAAACCUCAAUAUGGCCGUGUGCACCAACAAAUUCUAAGGAGCUGUAAUUUUUUAAAAAUAUUUUAAUCAAGGUAAAACAUCUUGAAGAAAAAGGUUGUAAAUAAAAUUUUACAAUGCUACAGAGAUGCACUGGCCUACUAAUUGUAUUUUCCAGAUGUAAGACAACAUGUUUGCUUGGUGCAGAGCCCAGAAAAAAAUCACACCAUCAGUUGCUUUUUCAGUGAAUAUGAAAAUUAUAAUGCAAAAAUGAUCAUUCCUGCUAAACUGUGAGUCCUAUCACAAUAUCUAAAACUGACUACAAAAUACCUCUUAGCAGAAAUGUCAACAGUGUCCAUUUGGAGAUGAUGGUGGUGAGAGUAAAACCUGCUACAAAAAUAAUUUGUGGAAGUGUAAUUUCUAGUGAAUUAGGCUUAAAUAAAUCUGAAAUCAAACUGUUCCUCAUUUUGCAAGGUGCUACGUCCUGAUUUCAAGAAGCAUCUCUCUACACCAGGGAUUCCCAAAUUCUUGCGUUUCAUUGUCUUACAUUUUUCUUAUAAUUCUUACAUAACACUUGUUAGAAGCUGCCACAAACAUGUAAGGAUGACCACUGUCAUGAAGAGGUUGCACUGUGUGGGGGGUCGACCGAGCUUGAUUUUUGAGGGCCGAAAACGAUACCUUCGAUCAGUAAUCCAGGAGACUGAUAACUGAUACUAAGGCCCAAUAUUCAUCUGCAGCAAAUUUGAGAAGUGCAAUUAUUAUUGCAAUUAUUGGAAGUACCAAGAAAAUGACCAGAAAAUUUAAAACAAACCAAUCUCCAAAAAAAAACUUUAUCAAAGAAAAAAAAUCAAAAGAAAACUUUUAUACUGAUUAAAAUGAUAUAUUUAAAGGUGAGAUGAGUGCUGCUGGAUCAGAUUUUGUGUGUUUAAAUGCUUGUGAAGGGCACUUUUCACAAACAUGUGAAACAAAAACUGAAACUGUAACCCCUCUGUCCUUAAGGCGAGUAAGGGCAACACACUACAACUUGGCAGUUUUGUCUCUUCUGUAAAUUAAAUACAAAUGCAGUGUAAAGCAAAUCAAAACUGUAACCGUGCUAUUAAAACUGCUGCCCAGCCAGUUCACAUUUAUUCCACUUUUAUUCCAUAUCAGCCCCGAUAAUUGGCCUGGGGUCGAUACGGGGGCGACCCCUGCACUGCACUCGCUCUCCUCCUGAGCUGCUCGUGUGAUUCUGUGCAGGGUUUUGCGACAACCCUGGUCUAAGAUGCCGUAAGAUGCGUAAAGCCUUGUACGUAGGGUUCAUGGGGUGGCAUGAAGAAGUCUGGGAUGCUGUGCUCCUCACACGUUGUAAGGAAAACCCACAUGAGACAGAGCAGGUGUUGUGAAUGACUGAGGCUGAACUGGAGCACAUUCAGAGUGUCUGCUCUCUGCGCCUCCUGCUUCCCUGUGAUGGGUUGUGAUCGUUGGAUUCAUUCAAUGUUGUUAGCGAAUUGUGUUAUUUAGACUACUGUGUCACUUAUCCACAUAGAUUACAUCUCUAAUUUAUUAGGCUGACGUGUGUGCGAGCGUGGCCAGGACGCAGAAAUGUUCCUCAGUUAAAUGUACAUGCAUACUGACUGGAUGACAUCAAAUGAUAUGAUUGUGGUAGUUUUUUUUUUUUUUUUUUUUUUUUUUUAAUUCAUCUUGUUGAAUUAAAACGGAGUUGAUCCCAGCCUUUUUGUGCAUUUUCUUCAUGUAAAUCGAUGUAUCUAUGUAAAUCUGGUAUCCCAUGAUGCAGCUUUAUGUGUACUUUAUUGUGAAAAGGCGUUCAAUAUGACAUGAUUUUACUGGCCAUUCUUUUCUAGAUAUUUAUGAGGGAAAAAAAGCAGCUCUUCUCUGUUCUGAUUUCACAGGUUGAAGCGUACGUGAAUAAAGCUGUGUGGGCCAAUCAGUCA